UUGCAUGGAUAGCGGCUCUUCCGCAUGAACGAGCGGCUGCGAUAAUGAUGCUGGAUGAGAGACUCAAACAACCAGAGAACUUCUCCAAAAAUCUGAAUGAUCCCAACAGCUACACCUUUGGCAGGAUAGACAAACAUCUUGUUGUGAUUGCUUCAUUGCCAUCUGGAGAGUACGGAACUACAACCACAGCUAUCACAGUUCAAGGACUACGUUUUUCGUUCCCUCACAUACGUAUCGGCCUGCUCGUAGGGGUUGGAGCUGGUGUGCCCGGAGAAAUCUACAACACUGACGGCGCUGUCACCGUAAGGCGCGAUGUUCGUCUUGGUGACGUUGCGGUUAGCAAUCCUGACGGCAAAAAUGGAGGGGUCGUACAGUAUGAUUUUGUCAAAGCAAAAGGCAAGCUUGAGCUCAAGGGGUCGCUCAACAGUCCACCACAGGCUUUUCGUAAUGCGCUGUCUGCCUUGCAGGCCGAACACGAACUAGAGGAACCCAAGGUCAUGCAGAUCAUGGCUCAAGCGACCAAUAAGUAUCCAAAGGCAGCGUCCAACUAUGGUCGUCCAGACCUUGAGUCAGAUGGAUUGUUUCGGGCUUCUUAUGCUCAUCCUGGUGGCGACGACUGCGGGAGUUGCGACACUGCGAAACAAAUUAGACGCGCGCCACGGGAGGGUAUCCAAAUUCACUACGGUAUAAUUGCCCUUGGAAACACCCUCGUCAAGUAUGCUGGCUACAGGGAUGAANNAAUCAUGACUAGACUUAGGUCAGCUAACGUCGACCCCAUCUGUUUCGAGAUGGAGGCUGCCGGCUUGAUGAACACAUUUCCCUGUCUGGUUAUCAGGGGGUUUUGUGAUUACGGCGAUUCGCACAAGAACGAUGUGUGGCAGAGGUAUGCUGCAGCGACAGCAGCUGCUUUUGCAAAGGAAUUUCUCAGCUUCGUUGAUGCUGAGGAUGUUCGAAGAACACGUGGACUUCAUCAGGUCCUUGAAAACNNAAGUCCAGUUGAGGACAAAGUGGACAAGGUCCUUGUGAUGAACGAAGAGACCAAAAAGACUUUUCAAGAAACCAAGGCCGAUGAACAGCGUUACAAAACCUCUUCGUGGCUCUCAGCUCCAGACUCCCCAACAAAUUUUCAUAAUGCUGGACUGGCGUCUGGCUUCUCAAGCACGAAUCUUCUCUAUCUUGGAAAAAGACUCCGCAAUCUUUUCUUUGACUCCAUGACAAUCAUCAGUUCUACGAUCAUCGAGGAAUUGCUAGACAAAGGGGAGAACGAACAGAUUCUUCUUCACUUCUUUUUCAACUUCAGCGAUGCUAACAAGCAAACACUAGAGGGUAUGGCUCGUGCAUUGAUCAGUCAGCUACAGCACAGCCAUCGAGACUGCAGCGAGCACGUAGAAUCUUUGUAUCUGGCUUGCAAGGAGGGCAACAAGCAAGCUAGCUUGAAUUCUUUGCUCAACACACUCAACACCAUGAUCUGCCAAUUCAGUGAAGUGUCUAUUGUUCUGGAUGCCCUAGAUGAAUCCCGGACCAGGAAAGAGGUAUUGAAAUGGAUGAAGUCCUUGCUCGAGACGAAAGGUUUGAAGGUGCACGUGCUUGUUACGUCUCGAAGAGAAGAGGAUAUUGAAUCGAAGUGGCGUCGUGAUGAUGGAAGUAUCUCCAUUCGAGGCAACCGUGUUAAUGGUGACAUCCGUGCACACGUGCGUACAAGAGUGAGAGACGGCCAUGGCUUCAACAGGUUGACGACACGACGAGAUGUUCAAGAUGAGAUCGAAAAUACGCUCAUCAAAAGAGCAGAUGGAUUGUUCCGCUGGGUUGUAUGUCAACUGAACAUCUUGGAAGACUGUUUAGACUAUCCAAGUCUUGAGUUCGCCCUUGCCAAUUUGCCGCAAGACUUAAGUGAGACUUACGAUCGGAGCUUGAAUAACAUCCCAGAAACGUACAAGAGCAAGGCUAUAACCAUCCUGAGCCUCCUCACAUGGGGCGAACGUCCACUACUGCUAGAAGAGAUGGUGGAUGCGAUCGCAGUGCAGCCCGAAAAGACGCCCGGAUUCGAGAGAAAGAACAGAGUGCCGAUGCCCAGAGACAUAUUACGGAUUUGCCCCAGUCUUGUCAUGCUUGUGAAGGUAAAGUCGCGGAGAGGAAGGCAAUCAGAUUGGGAGCUACAACUCGCACACUUCUCAGUCAAAGAGUGUUUGAUGAAUGGUCACACCAAGACGCCAUUCUCAGAGCACAUGAAA